GGGGCUGUUCCAUGCCGGGCCGAGCUUGGGGUGUGCCCAGCUGUGCUGUGCCUUACAGAGAAGAGCAAGGAAAUUGGUGAAGGGUCAAGUCUUAUGAAGAGUGACUGAGGGAGCUGGGAGUUUUAAGCUGGAGAAAAGGCUCAGGGUGACCUUACCGCUGUCUACAACUACCUUUGAAGUGAGGCUUUAGCCAGGUGGGAAUGGGCCUCCUCUCCCAGGAAACCAGCGACAGGACGCGAGGAUAUAGCUGUGCCAAGGGAGGUUCAGACCUAAGCCAAGAUGGCCACAGUUUCCCUUGGCUUCAACAUCGACUCCCCACGCUGGGACCAGAGCACCUUUGUGGGGCGCCUGAAGCACUUCUUCAACAUCACCGACCCUCGGACAGUGCUGGUGCCGGAGGAGGAGCUGGACUGGGCCAAGGCCCUGGUGGAGGGCUGCAGGGCCGGGCUGGUGCCACCAGGAAGCAGCCAGGAGCAGCUGCUCUAUGCCAAGAAGCUGUACGACUCAGCCUUCCACCCUGACAGUGGUGAGAAGAUGAACCUCAUUGGGAGGAUGUCCUUCCAGGUGCCGGGGGGCAUGGCCAUCACUGGCUGCAUGCUCCAGUUCUAUCGGACAGUGCCUGCUGUGGUUUUCUGGCAGUGGGUGAACCAGUCAUUCAAUGCCUUUGUCAACUACACCAACCGCAACGCUGCCUCCCCCAUCUCUCUGAGACAAAUCGGGGUGGCUUAUGUCACGGCCACUGGUGCAGCCCUUGCCACUGCAGUGGGACUCAACCUCUACACCAAGCGAGCCCCCCCCUUGCUGGCCCGCUGGGUCCCCUUUGCAGCUGUGGCUGCUGCCAACUGUGUCAAUAUCCCCAUGAUGCGGCAACAGGAGAUCAUCAACGGGAUCACAGUGACAGAUGAGAACAACAACGAGCUUGGCCGCUCCAGGAGGGCAGCAGUGAAGGGCAUCUCGCAGGUUGUGCUCUCCAGGAUCACCAUGGCAGCACCCGGCAUGAUUAUUUUGCCCAUCAUCAUGGAGCGGCUGGAGAAAUUCACCUUCAUGCAGCGGAUCCGGGUUCUCCAUGGGCCUCUGCAAGUGCUGCUCUGCGGGGGCUUCCUCCUGUUCAUGGUGCCAGCAGCCUGCGCCCUCUUCCCCCAGCGAUGCUCCCUUGCACUGGCUGACCUUGAGCCAGAGCUGCGUGACAGUAUCGUGGCCAAGCACGGGGACAAAGUGCCGUAUGUCUAUUUUAACAAAGGACUGUGA